AUGUCGUUCGAAACCAUUUCAUACCAUUCCCAUUUCGGAGCUUUGCUGCCGUCGCAAAGCCACCAUUCACACCGUCGUCGAGUCGCAAGCCACCGCCGCAGCGCCACCCAUUGCCGUACCGCUCACCUUCUUCGUCUUCUUCUUCACUGUUCGAACACCCACCCCGCCACAACAGAGACACACCGCUGCAACAAAGCCACCGCCGCACUUCCCGCAACCACACAACACCGCCGUCGACCGUCGCCGCAUCUCCCACAGAAGGGCACCACCGCCGCACCAGUGAUUAGUUUGAUUCGAGGUUUGCUUAUUGACGUGGACAAAUCUUUGAAAUCUUUUGAUUGGGAUGAUGCAAAAACAACUUUAGUGUAUAAUGCUUGGGAGAUGAAGGCUAAAAUAAGAUAUGCUGAUUACAUAAGCAGAUUAAAGAAAAAUACAAGACAUGUCUAUAUCCCACCAGAAAUAUGGACAAAGUGGGAUGAAGUUUGGAAUUCUGAAAAGGGCAAGAAGAAAACAGAAUUGGCUAAGAAAAACAGACGUGGAGGAGUUUUAAAUGGAGUUGCUCAGUCUACCCAUACCACAGGGUCAACACCUCACAUAAAAGUUGCAGCUCAACUUGAACAAGUUGCAACGCAACAGGAGCUGUUGACAGAAAAUGGGGAGCAAGUGGAUGAUAAUCAAUUAUACUAUGAUGCGAUUGGUGGACAUGACAAGAAAAGAAGAAUUUAUGGACUUGGUUCAUAUGGUUGUUCUAUUGUUAACGGUUCAACUAGUGAUAACAUUUCUGGCAAUGUGACCCCAACAUCUCAACCACCCGACAAUGCUACUUCUACAAAUGUACAAGAUGAAAUUAAAAGUUUGAAGGCUACUAUAUAUAUUCUCCUUAUGCAACAACGACUUGAUUCUAGUGAUGGUGGGAGAGCAGAUUGUUGCUUAGACGUGGAUUGA